AGUAAAUCCCAAAAUUAGAUUUCAACGAUCGGAGCUUGGAAAUGCCACUCCGGUGAAAUUAAAGUUAAUGGAAACUCCUGCUUCCUCAUCUUAUUAUUAUCAAUUUCUGUUGUGGUAGUUAUGCUUCUUGAAGUCAAGGCUCGAACAAUCUUUAGCAACAAAUACCAAAAUCCCAAACUAUCAUGAAGGUGAGAUUCGCGGUUCGGUGAUUGAAAUUGGUUUUUAUUGCAUGGCGAAGUCAAAUGAAGAAAUUGCAAAUGAAGCUAUCAAACGCGCUUUGAGGUCUUUACGGAAGCGGCAUUUGAGCGAAGAAGGAGCUCAUGCUUCUGCUUUUGCUGCUCUUUCUAGACCUAUUGUUUCUCAGGGCUCUGAAUGGAAAGAGAAAGUAGAGAGUCUUGAAGUGGAACUUCAGCAAUGCUACAAAGCUCAAUCCCGAGUAUCUGAGCAGCUUGUUGUGGAAAUAGCUGAAUCCAGAACUUUGAAAGCUUUGGUUCAAGAGAAAGAAACUGGAACUGCUGAUUUGCAAAAAGAGUUGACCCAAACAAGGGAUGAGUGCAUGCAAUUGAAAAAGGACUUGGAAGACAAAAUUAAAGCUCUUGAAGUGGUUCUGAGUGAGAAUGCAGAACUUAAAAUACAAUUGCAGCAAAUGACAGUUAGAGCCAAGAAUGCUGAAACCGAAAAUAAGACAUUGGUAGAUCGCAUGAUGUUAGAAAAAAUGAAGAACGCUGAACAACUAAAUGAGGCAAACCAACUGUACGAUGAUAUGAUCAAGCAACUAAAGGCUAGUGGCUUAGAACAACUUGCAAGGCAGCAAAUAGAUGGCAUAGUUCGCCGAAGUGAACAAGGUGCCGAUGCCUUUUUACAAUCAAACAUCCCUUCCACAUGCAAACACAGGCUCCAAGCACAUGAAGGUGGUUGUGCUUCCAUAUUGUUCGAGAACAAUUCUAAUAAAUUGAUUACCGGGGGACAGGAUCGAACGGUUAAAGUGUGGGAUACAGAUUCAGGAUCCUUAAUUUCCAAUCUUUAUGGAUGCCUUGGCUCUGUAUUAGAUCUCGCCAUCACCAAUGAUAAUCGAUCUGUUAUUGCUGCUAGCAGCUCAAACAACUUGUAUGCAUGGGAUCUCAGCUCGGCUCGAGUCCAUCAUACCCUUACUGGCCACAAAGAUAAAGUUUGUGCUGUUGAUGUCAGCAGGGUUUCCAGCCGUCAUGUUGUCAGCGCAGCUUACGACCGUACUAUAAAAGUUUGGGACUUGCUUAAAGGUUAUUGCAUUAACACAAUCAUUUUCCACAGCAACUGCAAUGCUCUUUGCUUCAGCAGUGAUGGGCAGACCAUAUUUUCUGGACACAUUGACGGAAAUCUUCGAUUAUGGGAUAUUAAAACCGGGAAACUACUUAGCGAGGUUGCAGCACACUCAUUCGCUAUCACGUCGAUAUCUCUUUCUCGAAACGGAAAUGCAGUAUUAACCAGUGGAAGGGACAAUUUGCACAAUUUGUUUGACGUGCGAUCUCUAGAAGUUAGCGCCACACUAAAAGCCGUAGGAAAUCGAGUGGCCUCUAACUGGAGUCGCUCGUGCAUUAGUCCCGAUGAUCAAAAUAUUGCUGCCGGAUCAUCUGAUGGGUCGGUCUAUAUUUGGUCAGCAUCUAAAACUGAUGUAGUCAGCACUCUGAAGGAACAUACUUCUUCUAUCCUGAGCUGUGCUUGGAGUGGGCUUGGAAAACCCUUGGCUUCAGCUGACAAGAAUGGAGUUGUUUGUAUCUGGACCUAAGGAAGUUCUAUUCCCUCCUUCAUAUAUUAGCCGAUUUCGAAAAAGUAUAUUCAUUUUAGGAACAAUGUAUAUAUUCAUUUGUAACAGAAAAACAACUAUGUUAAAUGAAGACUCAUACUGUAAUUACUGUAAAAACAGCUGAGGAAUAAUACAUUGGAUUAUGUUUUACGUUUUA